AUGGAGUUGGAGAAACCCCUUGGGUGGGACAGUCACUUUCAUUUGGCCAGUAUGGCCAGUAGGGCGCGUCUUCCUGUGAUGGACAUUACUACCGUGCUAGAGUGUCAGCCCAGUGAUAGUGACUUUGCCAUUAAGCUGGAGGGGGGCGUGGCUGUGUUCUGUGACCCGAAGUCGGCGAGGGAACAGGAGGACAACCUGUGGCAGCUGCUGUAUAUGCUAAAGGGAAGGGUGAAGCCCAGCCAACGUAUACAUCUUCAUUGUUUAACGGGUGAUCGGGAAACCGUGGAUUUGUUGGUGACGGAGUUCCCCAAUGUGUGCUUUGGCUACACAAGUUUGAUUGCUAGUUGCUCAGAGACAACUAAGGAGGCACUACGAGCCUUGGAUCCGAGUAGGCUGCUGCUAGAGACCGACUCUCCAUUCUUCAAAGCGAAGGGGGCUAAGUUAGGGAGUCCACUACACCUGAGAACCAUGGCCAAUGCCGUGGCGCGGUACAGGUCGGAGUCGUGGCAGGAAAUACUACAGCUAGCUUGCUCCAAUGGCAAGCGGCUGUAUGCGCCCUCACAGUAG